AUGAGCAAAUCCAAUCUGAUGCCUAUACAUGAGUCCCGCAAGAGGUCCGAACCUUCCUCCCCACCUCUGUGGCAAAGACCAGCCAAAGAUCAUCGACGCAACCAAAAUCAGGAUAGACCAAGACGUUUGGGCGGUGACCAUGCCCAAGAUGAUGACAUCAGUGCGAGAAAAGAGCAGGAGAGCUUCGCCAGGGAGCAGACACGCCUAAAUCAAAUACAAGAGGCGGAGCAGAUGAGAGAAUGGGUUUCAAAAGAGGAUGACUUCGUGCUGCAGCAGUCGAAAAAGAAGGCUCACAUACGUGUGAGAGAAGGCCGGGCAAAAUCUAUCGACUGGCUUGCUGUGACUUUGGGUGUCAUCGAUCCGACUAGGGAUCCGUUGGAAGAGGACACUAAUGAAUCAGACAUCGACGUCGUGGAUCCUUCGGCCGUGUUUGAGGGCCUUGAUCUACCUCAGCUCCAGGACUUGCGAAAAGACAUCGAGACGUACAUGGCACUGGAAUCAAAUCAGAGCAAUGGCCGGUAUUGGAAGGCAUGGUUUGUCCAGUCCGAUAGCUGGCGCUUCUCUGACUUAUCUCAGGCGCUGCAAUUGAUAUGCAAGGAUUACCAGGAUAGGCUAGUACCUGCAGAAUCUCGUGGACGUUCCGCCAGCUCCGUAGCUGCAGACGUUGAUCGACUGUUGGGUCCUAAAACCCUGACAGAAUUAGAGAACCUGGAGAAACAAAUCUCCGAUAAAUUGCAGUCCAAUGAGCCCAUCGACGUGGAGUACUGGGAGCAGCUGGUGCGCAAUGUCGCUGUUUAUAAGUCACGGGCGGAAUUGAAUACAGUCUACAAGAACAUCAUAGAGAGUCGCUUGAAUGAUCUCAGGCACGAGCAGCGUGCAGAGGCGGUGCUUGUAAGGGACAAGUUGGCUCUCCUAACUAACAUCAGCAGUUCGAAGGAUCUUAGGCCUGACAGCGUGACCCUGAUUGUCGAUAAAUCGAACGCUGGGCCGCCAUCUCUAAAGUACUCCCGAGAUCUAGAUCCGGAACCACUCCUCAGGAUUCGAGCUGAGGACAAGGGCCUUGACGCGAUAGACGAGAAGGACUUCAUGGAUAAACUCGCUUUCGAGCGUCAAAGGGUGCUCAAGCUGAAGUAUGUACCCUUACGACAAGCUCAAUCAGACAAGAAAGCACCAGUAGCUGCCUCAAAGACGGCUGAGGCUCCCACUUCUGGUGCCUCUCGCUUUGCAACCGUCCCCAGCGAAGACUUUUCAUCGGCAACAAUAGCUUUGUAUGAAAGAGAAGUCGCUAGAGGCGUCCAAGAAGAUGAAGAGAUUUUUGCCGGCGAGGAAGACUUGUCUUCAUCCUCCAAACCUCAAUGGGCUGGCAAAUACCGCCCGCGAAAGCCUCGCUAUUUCAAUCGUGUUCAGAUGGGUUACGAAUGGAACAAGUACAAUCAGACCCACUACGAUCAUGACAAUCCACCACCCAAGGUUGUCCAAGGCUACAAGUUCAACGUCUUCUACCCAGAUCUUAUUGACAAGACUAAAGCUCCAACGUAUCGCAUUGAGCGUGAAAAUGGACGCAAGCGAGGAGAGUCAUUUGCACCUGCAGGUGAGGAGGAUACGUGCCUUAUCCGGUUCGUUAGUGGUCCUCCAUACGAAGAUCUGGCAUUCCGAAUCGUAGACAAAGAAUGGGACUAUAGUGCUAAGAGAGAGCGCGGCUUUCGAAGCAGUUUCGACAAGGGCAUCCUACAACUCCACUUCCAGCCUAAUAAAUGCUCAUCAAACACCUCGGUCGCCUAG